CAGCAUCUGAAUGCAGCAUAUGUACCAGAGGUAAAAGCAAGCGAGAAAGCGAGAGAGUCUGUGGGCGGCGGUGUGAGGGGGAUGAGCGUUGUGCAUUGAAUGACAAGCAGAGAAGGGGUGACGGUUCAAUACACUGGUAGGUGCUGGUGAGGAUGACGAUGGCGCAUGCAGGGGCAGUAUUUGCAGCAAUAGCAGGGGUGAUGGCCAUACUAUUGCACUCCUCAAUUCACAAGAUAGAGGAGGGACACCUUGCUGUGUAUUACAGGGGUGGAGCAUUGUUAACGACGCCCAAUGGUCCUGGAUAUCACAUCAUGCUACCUUUCAUCACCACCUACAGAUCAGUGCAGACCACGCUUCAAACGGAUGAGAUCAAGAAUGUGCCUUGUGGAACAAGUGGUGGCGUGAUGAUCUACUUCGACAGAAUAGAGGUUGUCAACAUGCUGGUCCCUUCAGCAGUUGUGGACAUAGUGAAGAACUACACUGCUGAUUAUGAUAAAACUUUAAUCUUCAACAAGAUUCACCAUGAACUCAACCAGUUCUGCAGUGUACACACUCUCCAGGAGGUCUACAUUGAGUUGUUUGACAUCAUAGAUGAGAAUCUGAAGAUUGCCUUACAAAAAGACCUCAAUGCUAUGGCCCCUGGACUUACAAUACAGGCAGUCCGUGUUACCAAACCAAAGAUCCCCGAGGCUAUUAGGAGGAACUUUGAACUCAUGGAAGCAGAAAAGACUCGUCUAUUAAUAACAGCUCAGACUCAGAAGGUGGUGGAGAAGGAAGCAGAAACUGAAAGGAAGAAGGCCAUCAUUGAGGCUCAGAAGACGGCUCAGGUAGCAGAAAUCCAUUUUCAACAGAAGGUGAUGGAGAAAGAGACAGAGAAGAGGAUUUCUGAAAUAGAAGAUGCUGCCUUCCUGGCGAGGGAGAAGGCAAAGGCUGAUGCAGAGUAUUACACUGCUGCCAAGUUUGCUGAAGCCAACAGGUUGAAGCUAACCCCAGAGUAUCUAGAGCUGAUGAAGUACCAAGCCAUAGCAGCAAACAGUAAGAUCUACUUUGGCCAGGACAUCCCUAACAUGUUUGUGGAGGGCAGCAACCGCCCUCAGAAGCCUGGGCAGCCCUCCAGCUUGCCGAUUCUAGACCCAGACCUACUUAAAGCUCAGCCACAAGGGCAGUGAUGGCCUGCUGCUCUGCCUGUCUGCACAGUGCAGGAGAACCUGUUUGGGGCAUGCCUCAUCUAUGAGGGAGAGAAACACUGAUGGUUGGGAUAGCUUUGCAGCUAGUGUGGUGAACAACACGCUUUAGUCUUAAUUCUGAAAUGCUGAGAUUGAGUGGGGAAGAUGAAGGGAAGUAAAAGAGAAAGUAAGCAACAGAAAGGACAAUGAAAGGGACAGGUAUUUUUUAUUACCUUCAGCUCCUUGGAGAAAGACAAGUUUUAUGAAUGAGAACAAUGCCACUAUAAAAAUUGAAAGCAUAACAAAUGCUUCUGCCUGGGAAGGCAACAGCAAGUAGUCACCCUACUUUACAUGUGCUUGCAUUCAGUGCAACUUUUUGCUUUUUGGGCUGCAUUCAUUUUGUUUGUCGUAUGCAAGAUGAUCUGUAAUGAAACUAGUUUUGACUUUCAGAAUUACUGUCUAUGAUUUAGCUGAACUGGAAUCUGACAGGUGACACUAAUUCUAAUCUGGAAGGUCUGUGUAAGUGUCUGUGAUGUGGGUGGGUCAUCUCUGUGCCGUCUUCUCGCACUAAUUCACUCGUUGGCUUUUCUCUCUCAACAAGAGUCAAUGUAAUGACACUUUCUGUUAAAACACAGGGAAUCACAUAAGUUACAUUCUUUUACCUGUUCAUGCAGAAUGGCAGCGGAAAGUUAAGUGAGAAGAAAGGAAGGCAAAUGGGUGAUUGCAUGGAUGUCAGUUAAGCAAUAAGAUUAGAUGAAUUGAACCCUGUGGUGAAAUUGGUCACCACUGGUGCUCAUGGAGGCUUAACUUGCUUUUGGCUGCUAGCAGUGCAUGGCUUUAGCUACCUGCUUACAUUGCUGGACGUCUGAAGUUGGACAGAAAUGAAAAUGAAACUGAUUAAAAUAUUUUUAUUUGAAGGUUUUCUACAAUAAAGUUGCUGCCUGAUAAGCAGGUCCUAAGUGCUUAUCACAGUGAAAUAACUUUCUGUUUUGGCUUGACAUUUAAAGGAGAUGGAGCUUGUCCAAAGGCAGUGUGACACUCCUUAAAUUUCACACCAGAAUCUGCAUGAAUGAGAUAUUAUUAUACAUGUACUUAGUUUUUAAAGGUUGAGGGCUGCCAUUGUCCAUGGUUUGCAUACAUAUGUAGUGUGUAGUGUCAGCAUUGUAGUGGUGUAGUUUUAUUUUCUGUUAGUAGGUUAGAUAUUAGUUCUGGAUUAAAGGGCCUCUCCACAGAAAGACGGAGACACUGCACUAAGGCCUGCUGUGGUAUCUACUGUGAAACCAACCAGGGAGUCGAGCACUGGUGAACGACAAAUUUCCUCUGUUAAAAUGUAUUCAAUCAGUUUGACAAAUGAGUGCAGGGAGCACAACAAUAAGGUUCUGUAGCAGUGGAUCUUUUCACUGGAGUGAGUUGUCAUUUGUAUUUACAAGCAUUCAGUAAAUCUUUUCUCAGUCAUCCAUCUGGUUUUGAUGAAAGGGAUUUUAUCAGGGCCCUCCCUGCGUGUAGAAAUUUGUAUGACUUGAUUCAGACGACUGUUGGUGCCAACUCUGAUGUUAGUGUUAGGGCAUAUCCAGACAUCUAUUAAACAAAAUAAUGGUACAUAGUUUAUCGUCAAUUCUCAGGAAAGAAACUUUCACAAUGCAGGCAAUUUAAAAAUUCCUCAGUUUCAGUACUAGAUGAAAAAAAUAAAACAUUUGUGAAUAAUACCUGUUGAAAUGUUAAGUUAAUGCUAAGCAGAUUAGAGAACAAGCAAAUGCAAAUUAGUUUUAGUUUUAUUAUGUUGUAUUGUUUGCAGUUCCUGUGCAUUUUAGAUUAAUAGAAAUUGCCUCAGACAUUUGGAAUUUAAGCCUUAAGUCCUUUUCAGUUCUUCACCAAGCUUCAGUGAUUUAUUUAGCCUGACAGUUUCUUGAAAAUUCAUUUAAGAGCAGCUUUAACAAGAGCACAUGCACCAGCUGAAUUUGAGUUGAGGCUGCUUUAGAGCUUGCAUUAACACACAUGACUUAACCGUAGACUCCAGCUGAGACAGACACAACUAACAGUGGACACUACUAGUGUAGGGAAGAUGUCCUGAUGUUUACCUGACCUCAGAAUCACAGUUUAAGACUGCACUUUCCUUUUGCUUUGGUGUUGGGUUUAAAAUUGAGAUUCAAAAGAGGGGUAUGAAUCACUUGCUCAUGAAAAGAAUUCUUUUUGUUGAUAUUUUGUACAAUCUGUGAAAUUUAAACAUUGUCUCCUUGUUUUAAAAGAUUUAUAUGCAAGAUGUUUUCAUCAAGUUUUGACAAUGUUCUUAUGUAAAAUAAAACCUAUUUUGAUACCUCU